UUUUCUCCUCAUUCUUGGUGGGCUCUGCAGCUGAACACUUCAUAGCCGACUUCUCUGUCUGAGAGGACCUGAAGACUGUCUGUGGUGAAGAAGAACAGCCGAGAAAUAAAUUGAGAGCUGGUCCUGAAUCUCCAAAUGUCCUCCUGCAGUCAUCUGAACCUCUGAGCGCUGAGGAGUUUUUACAGACUGACGAUGGCUGAAGCCCAGCUGUUUGAGUCACAGGACGAGUUCACCUGCUCGGUGUGUCUGGACACCCUGACUGACCCCGUCACCAUCCCCUGUGGUCACAGUUUCUGUCUGAAAUGCUACACGGACUGCUGGGAUCAGAGCCAACUGUUCAGCUGUCCUCAGUGCAGAGAGAAAUUCAAGAAGACAGGACUCAGGUCUCCUCCAUCUCAGAAAUAUGCUGGCCCUGGAGAUGUGGAGUGUGACGCCUGUACUGAGAAGAAGUUUAGAGCAGUGAAGUCGUGUCUGACCUGCCCGGCCUCCUACUGUCAGACUCACCUGCAGCCUCACUUUGAAAUAGCAGCCUGGAAGGACCACAAGCUGGUUGAUCCUGAUGGAAAUCUAAAGGAGAAAUUCUGUGUGAAACAUCAGAAAAGUCUGGAAAUAUUUUGUAAAACUGAUGACGCCUGUAUCUGCACGAUGUGUGGAGUGACUGAACAUAAUGGUCAUAAGAUGGUCAAGCUGGAGAUGGAAAGAAAAGAUAAAGAGCCACACGUGUCCUCUUGUGUGUCCAAACAGAAACAGCUGGAGGUGACACUGAGUGACAUCAAGAGGAGACUUGAGGAGAGAGAGAAGACACUGAAGGAGACGAGGAGGGCGAUGGAGGAGAUGAAGAUUUAUGUGGAAAGAGAUGUGCAAGAAAAUGAGAAGAGCUUCACUGAUCUGAUACGUUGCAUUGAGGAAGCCGACAGGAAACUGACUGAGAAAAUCAAAGAACUAGAAUUGAGAGAGAUGGAGAAGGCUGAAGGAGUCAUGGAGCAACUGGAGAAGGAGAUUGAGGAGCAGAAAAGGAGAGAAGCUGAGCUGAAGGAGCUUUCAGAGACCAAGAACCAUCUCCACUUCCUGCAGACUUUCUCAUCUUGCUGUAUCCUUCCUGCUAAUGGAGACUCGCUGAGCCUCACUGACACCACUUAUUUCUCAUCUGAGAACCUGAGAAAGGAGCUGUCAGGUCUGAAAAAGAGUCUGGAGAAGAUCAGCCAGUGGGUCAUCAUGAGAAGGAAACCAUCAGGUACAGCAUCUGGUGACAUUAUGUUUGUUGUUGAAGUCCCUCAUGAAGCUCCAGUUUUCGUCCUCCAGCAUCCUGGACCUCAGAGCAGAGACGACUUUUUAAAAUGCUCCACCCCCAGUCCCAUUACACACUCCCAGAAUUCCUCACUCAUUUUCUUUUCUCUCCUUUCAGACUUCUGUCCCCUUACACUGGACAUCAACACGGCACACAGACGCCUCCGUCUGUCUGAAGGGAACAAGAAGGUGACAUGUGAGUGGAAAAAAGCAGAAUAUCCUGAUCAUCCUGACAGAUUUAAUUACUGUGUCCAAGUUCUGUGCAGAGAGGAUCUGACUGGGACUCGCUGUUACUGGGAGGUGCAGUGCAGUGGACGCUUCAUGAAGAUUGGAGUCGCAUAUAAAGGACUGAGCAGGAAAGGAGGGAGCUGGAAGUGCCGCCUUGGAUACAACGACAAGUCCUGGUGUUUGUGGUGUUCUGAUUCCCAGUACUCUGUGCGUCACAAUAACCAGCAGACUGUAAUCAGCACCCCCUACAGCCCCAGAAUAGGUGUGUAUCUGGACUGGCCUGCUGGCUCUCUGUCAUUUUAUAGCGUCUCACACACAAUGACCCUCCUGCACAGGUUCAACACCUCCUUCACUGAGCCCCUCUAUCCAGGGUUUGGGCUUAACUAUAACUCCAGUGUAACAAUCAGCCAUCUGACACCAUGUGACCACUGACCAGUACCCUCCACCAGUCACUUGAUGUCCCCACAAGCGCAGGUCCUCUUUAUGUUUGUAGUUUAGGGUGAAAUUAAAUUUACAGGAUGGGUGGGUUUGGGGGGGUCAGCACUUCUGUGAUUGAAUUUGUGGAUGAGAAUGCGAGGCGUGUGAGGCUGUCAUGGUCUCCAUUAUUAUUGAGUUUGAGUAGCCAAUCAGGUGUGUGUGUCAUAAUGAGGGGCGGAGACACCUCAGACCUACAAAAACCCAUCUGACCAGCAGGGUCACUGUUGAUUCACAGUCACAUGUCCUUCAGGCUGACACACCAACAACUACUGAGGCCCCCAAGUUGUCACUGAAUGUCACCUGUUAAGUAGGACAGGCAUGUGGUCCUGCUGGAUCAGCACAACUGAAAGGCGCUAUACAGACUCAGUAUGGAGAGCUCUUCAAUAGUGACUAUAUGUAGGAGCAGAGAGUGACAGAUGGGACUGGAGUGUUGUCCACUCACCAGAUAUUUGUGACCCUCCAUUGGUCACUCAAAGGGUCCUUCAGUUCAGAAUGAAUUCACUGUGAAUGUCUGAAGACGAGGACUCACCGGUCAGUCAGAUGUCAGCCAUACUGACAGAGUUUGGUGUUUUAGUUGAUGUCACAUUAAACUGUAAACUGCACUUCCUCCUUGUCACCAGGUUUGUCACUCGUGGUACCCUGAAAGCUCCAACAUCUGCUGUUAAUGAAUUCUUGGUCAGUUGGCGCACACUUGACAUGGGUGCACAUGUGUGGCUCUGCAGUGGACUGGCACCCCGUCCAGGGUUGGCCCACCUUGUCCACAAACCUGAAAUUGAAAAGCAGAUAAGAAAGACAACAAAUGGACAGAAGGGGUCACUGAUUGGUCAGUCGCCAAACUACUGCCUCUUGUGGCCACUCUAAAUUUUACACAGCAAUUUAUACAAAAAGGAAAUCUAAAAGAUAAAAGCAGAAAGCAUUCAGUGAAAUCCUGAGCAGUGAAACAUGAAAGGAGAGAAUGAGAAACAAUCAGAGAGUCAGACGAAUGGAGACUUUAACAGGAGGACUGAGGGGUGGGACUGAAGUGCAGUGGCGCCCUCUAGUGGACACCCGCCAUACUACACACAUGGGAAAGGGGGGAGAAAAGAAUACAGUGCAGUGUAAAAGAAAUAAGAAUAAAGUAAAAACACAAGAAUAAAACACCUGAAAUAAAGAACUGUAAAUAUUACAGUAAUCCCUCCUCUAUCGCGGGGGUUGCGUUCCAGAACCCCCCGCGAAAGGUGAAAAUCCGCGAAGUAGAAUCCAUAUGUUUAUAUAAUUAUUUUUAUAUUGUCCUGCUUGGGUCACAGAUUUGCACAGAAACACAGGAGGUUGUAGAGAGACAGGAACGUUAUUCAAACACAGCAGACAAACAUUUGUCUCUUUUUCAAAAGUUUAAACUGUGCUCCAUGACAAGACAGAGAUGACAGUUCUGUCUCACAAUUAAAAGAAUGCAAACAUAUCUUCCUCUUCAAAGGAGUGCGCGUCAGGAGCAGAGAAUGUCAGAGAGAGAGAAAAAAGCAAACAAUCAAAAAUCAAUAGGGCUGUUUGGCUUUUAAGUAUGCAAAGCACCGCCGGACAAAGCGGCUGCAAGAAAGGGAGCAAUGUGAAGGUAAUCUUCUCUAGGCCAGUGUGCGAACAGCCCCCCUGCUCAAACCCCUCCGUCAGAAGCAGAGAAUGUCAGAGAGAGUGAGAGACACAGAGAAAAACAAACAAUCAAAAAUCAAUACGUGCCAUUCGAGCUUUUAAGUAUGCGAAGCACCGUGCGGGAAGCAUGUCGCUUGACAAAGCAGCUGCACAGAAGGGAGCAAUGUGAAGAUAAUCUUUCAGCAUUUUUUGAGGAGCAGCCGUAUCCUCUAGGGGUGCGAACAGCCCCCGUGCUCACAAUAUAUUUGAGGAGUUUUAUUUAAUACGUAAUACGCGCUCUGGUUGGGUAGCUUCUCAGCCAUCUGCCAAUAGUGUCCCUUGUAUGAAAUCAACUGGGCAAAUCAACUGAGGAAGCACAUAACAUAAAUUAAAAGACCCAUUGUCCUCAGAAAUCCGCAAACCAGCAAGAAAUCCGCGAUAUAUAUUUAAAUAUGCUUACAUAUAAAAUCCGUGAUAGAGUGAAGCCGUGAAAGUCGAAGCGCGAUAUAGCGAGGGAUUACUGUAUAUCUAAAACUAAGAUUUAAAUGAAUUAAGAGUAAAAUAAGGGUGACACGAUCACACAGUCACAUGACCUUCAGAGCUGACAGCUGAGCUGAUUCUUCUGUAGCCAAACUGCCCCCUCUAGUGGCCACUCUCAAUAUUAAAUGAAUGGCAAGGCUGAGGGGGAGGAAAGAUUUGGGUUUGAUCAAAUGGAUAUUUAGUGAGAAUUUCUUAAUAUUGUCAUUACCUUUAAGGACAAUGCAGCUUUGUUAGGUUAUGGAAAAUUCUCUAUGGGAAAAGAACAUUUGUUUGAAUUAGUCUUUUUAAUUAUUGUUAUGUAUUUACAAAAUACAAAUCUAAUAAUUGAUUACAUUUUGUAAAAUAAACUCCCAAUUGUGUUUGGUGAAUAAACAAUAAGGAUGACUGACA